AUGCGCAGUAGCACUCCGCACCCCCGCAGAAACAUGGCCGCGGCCGUCGAUAGUGUUGUGAAAGUGCUGGGAGAGCAGUACUACAAAGAUGCUAUGGAGCAGUGUCACAGUUACAAUGCUCGUCUCUGUGCCGAGCGCAGCAUCCUCAUGCCCUUCCUGGACUCUCAGACUGGUGUGGCCCAGUCCAACUGUUAUAUCUGGAUGGAGAAAAGGCAUCGCAGUGCAGGUGUAGGACCUGGUCAGCUGUACACAUAUCCAGCUCGUCGCUGGAGAAAGAAGAGGCGCUCCCACCCCCCUGAGGACCCGCGUUUGGCCUUCCCUCCCCUCAAAGCAGCUGAUAUAGAGUUGGGAAUAAAACGUGACGGAUUGGCGGCCGUGGAUGGCAGCAGUUUGGAGGCGCUGCUCAAGGGAGAGCCUCUUGAUAGAAGAAGUGGAGUGUCUGAUCUUCGCGGUACUGAAGAAGAUGUAGCCACUGUGGAACCUCCUGCAUCCGCAACUUCAGGACGCAUCCGCAAGAGAGUCGUAGACCAUGACGACUACUUAGAUGACCUGGAUGAUGAGGACUUUGAAGACGAGACACCCAAAAGAAGAGGAAAAAGCAAGUCAAAGGGACGCAGCGAUAAGAACGGCAAGAAGAAAUCUGAGGCCACUGCUGCCGCUGCAUUGGAAGAGCGGGACAAACCAUACGCCUGUGACAUCUGUGGGAAGCGCUACAAGAACCGCCCUGGCCUGAGCUAUCACUAUACACACUCGCACCUGGCCGAGGAGGAGGGCGAGGACCGCGAGGAGCUCGAGGCACCACCCACUCCUCGGCAGCCUGACGAGCCCAAGACAACCAAAAAGGGUCCGAACGGAUUAGCACUGCCCAACGAUUACUGUGAUUUUUGCCUGGGAGAUUCAACCUUAAAUCAGAAGACUGGUCAGUCUGAGGGGCUGGUGUCCUGCUCAGACUGUGGACGCUCUGGCCACCCCACCUGUCUGCAGUUCACUCCAGUGAUGAUGGCGGCUGUGAAGACAUACCGCUGGCAGUGCAUAGAGUGCAAAUGUUGCAAUGUGUGCGGCACCUCAGAGAACGAUGAUCAGUUGCUGUUUUGUGAUGAUUGUGACAGAGGUUACCAUAUGUACUGUCUCUCUCCUCCUAUGUCAGACCCACCCGAGGGAAGCUGGAGCUGCCACUUAUGUCUUGCUCUCCUAAAAGAUAAAGCAUCCAUUUACCAACAGAAUGCUGCGGAGUGA